AAAUGAAGCUGAGGAAAGAAAGAUGGCUACAGAAAAUAGAAAGUGUGAAGCUAGCCACGCAGAAGCAAAAAGCUGAAGCAAAGCGGAAAGCAACACCUGUGGUGGGAGACAUGCAGCCGUUGAUGGAAGCCCUACCUGAGCUCUCUGACCUGACCACAGGUGGCAGGGGCAGGAAGCCAUCCAAGAGCCAUGUAAAAGCAAAGGCAGAGCCAGCAGACUUCUGUCUGAUGAAACAAGCUCAGAAACGCCGGCUCUUAGAGGAGGAAGUGGCUCGGUUUCAUGAGGUCAUCACCAAUCCCAGGUACAGAGCCAACCCCCUCAUGGCCAUCAGCGAGCAUCUCUCCAAGAGGCUGAGGCAGGAGGAAGAAGCACGGGUACAUCUGAAACCAACCCAAGAUGGGUUCCUGCAGAUGUAGCAGGAGCAGCUGCAGGGAACCUGAGGAAAUACAACCGCAUGCGAAUUUGAGCUGCUUGAUAGUUUUGGAACCAGAUGAGACUGGCACCAGCAACUCCUCCUUUCAUCCACAUGUUGCACAAGAGAAGGGCGAGGUGCAUCACCUGAUCAAGCCUUUGCCGCUGAGCACAAAGCCACAUGUCCCUGCCCUGAAGCAUGGAUUUCACCAUAGCCUUUUUGCAGGAGCUUUUUUUGCUUUCACUACCCUUGGUGUCUGUCCUGCCAGGAUGUGUCAUCGCCCUGCUGUGUCCUGGCCUUUUCCAGACUGCUCAGGGAGAUGUAGGACAGGUCAGACCCUCAGGGGCUCCACCAGUGUCCCCCCUUGAGAGAGGCAGUCCUGCUCCUGCUCUUCGUUUCCUGACCUUUAACCAGUUACUAAUCCCGGGAGGUCUCUACCUCUUAUCCCAUGGCAGCUCAGUUUCCUUAAGAGCUUUUGGGCAUUCUUUAAGUGCUUAAGAGCAUUGCCACAUGCCAUUUGGAAUCCACAUAAAGCCUGGUUAAUUGGAUCACCCUUAUCUCCAUGCUUACCGUUUCCUUCCAAGGGAAAAUCAUGCCCUGCAAUCCUAACUCUUCCCCAACGUGAUAAUUAUCUAGGCGUCUGCUGAUUCUGCUCCGAACCCUGGCUUGCUUCAGUGUGAG